ACGACGUCGUUUAACUUCAAACAUAUUCACUUGGAUACUGCAUUUGUUGUGGUGAGGCAAAAGCAAAAACGACGUCGUUCUUAUUUUUACCUUGAUAAAUAGUCCACCUCAGCCGCCGCAGCCGCUGGGAGACAUUAGGCAGACGUUAAAACGACGUCGUCCUUGUUUGAUUCUUCCCUGAGAUCCUGAAACCCUAAAACCCCUGAUUGAUUCGAAUCGAAGAGGGAAGAGACACCAGGUAUAAACAACUGAUUUUCUUUCUGUGUCUUGCGGAGAAUCUAAUGGUGGUGGAGAGCUACGUGGUGGUACAUAACAUAGCCAAAAGGCAUAAUGUAGGUACCCUGGCACGAAGCGCCUCGGCGUUGGGUGUAUCGGAACUCAUACUGGUGGGCCGCAGGGACUUCAACUCCUUCGGCAGUCAUGGCUCCACUUCGCACCUUCGCUUUCGCCACUUUCACUCCCUCCUCGACGCUCGCCACUUCCUCAAAGAAAAAGAUUGCGAUAUUUGUGGCGUGGAGAUCACUGACAACGCGGUGGCUGUGAAUCAACACCCUUUCAAGAGGAGCACAGCGUUCCUUCUUGGCAAUGAGGGAACUGGUCUUUCAGUGAAGGAGUGUGAAAUAUGUGACUUUUUUGUUUAUAUUCCGCAGUAUGGGGGCGGCACUGCAUCCUUGAAUGUUACUGUAGCAGCUUCCAUUGUCCUGCAUCAUUUCGGAGUUUGGGCAGGUUUUUCUGAGAGAAUUCGUGAUGGAAACAAGUUUGUUGUGGCUGAGAGACCUGCACAACAAGUGAGACGUAAUUACUGCACAGAAACAGCAGAUUCUAUCAUUGAGGAGCGAAAAAUUAGAAGACAAAAUGCUUCUAAUGGAUUUUUUGAUGAGAGUGGAAGUGGAGAAUCACCUUCUAAUCUUCUGGAUGCACUGUUUGGUGAUUAAGGGAAUCAUAGAUAUGCUGUUUUUUUUCCAGGAUAUAGAGCUUCAGGAUCAUAGGCAUCAAUUCCUUAUCAACUGUAUGACUUAUACCGGAGAAGUGAGAAAUGUCCAUUGUUGUUGGACAUAUGUUGCAAGUUAGCCUACUAGGAAUCUAAAUCCUUUAUUGUGCCCUACAGAAAACGUUAUAAAUUUGUAUCAAUUUUGAUUAAUUAGUCUUUUCAAUUAUGAUGAUUAGAAUCAUCAAUACGUUAUUUUUUGUAUCUGAGAAAUUUUAAAAGGAAUUAAUGGAAAAUUUGUGUAUCUUCA